GAGCGUCUUCAGAAUAAGUUGAGGGAUACAAGACAUAAAUAGUCCUUAAGUUGCGAAAAGUUGUAAGAAGUAGAAAAUUUCAUCAAUUUGCAGUUGUAAACGAUCUCUACUUAAUCUUAAUUAAAACAAAAGAAAAUGGCAACGCAGGAGACCGCACAGCCCCCAGUGCUUUUCAUUGAAGGAAAGUGGCGGGGGAAGGGGAAAUCCAUCGCAAUUUCCACAGGCGAGACAAGGGUGCAUUACUUGGAGGAGAUGACUGUGGAAAGGCAGGGAAAGCAUCAGCACUAUUGGUACCACCGCCAAACCUGGCUGUAUGAUCCAAAUGAUCCCGAGGAAACGAAGAAGGUACGCACGAGCGGCGCAUGUGAUUUUGAAGAAAACAAAACUAUGAUUCUGAGAGCCACUUGAUGCAGAUUCCAAUGACCAAAAAGUCGUCCAUGAAGAAUUAUUGUGUGCGCUGAUAACGUACAAGUACAUGAGGAAACGAACUUCUCACAGGUUGCCCUUCAUGUGGAGAGCGGCUGCAUCAAGUUUUUGCCACCCCCUGCGGACGCACCGACCGAUGCGGAAGAUUAUCCGGUCGAAGGGAAUUUCAUUCACCCCUUCAGUCUCAUGGAAAUCAGCGUAGGCACACUGUCGAAAGACGAAAAGACGCUGUCGCUGUUGGCGUCGAAAAAGCAGAAUAGCUUCAAGCACGGACCAGGGGCGAAGGGCAAGCAGACCACGGCGUACUCGCGUGUGUUUGAGAGUCUAGGUCCCGACACCAUGCGAUACAAGUGCGGCUUGGCGGUGGAAUCGGAAGAUGCCGAGCCGUUGCCGCACUUGGAAUGUGAACUCACACGGGUCGUCAGUGGAGCCGAGGGGGCUCCUUCGGGUAGUUACUGAAGUUCAAGUUGAAGUUCAAGUUGUUGAACCUGUCUUGUUCAAGGUGUCCCGCACUUGCGCAGGAAGGUCCUGAAAGGCGCUGUGACUUGGCACGCAGGAAGCGGCAUAAUGACGACAAUGCUUCGCUGUCGUUCUCGUUCACACAAGUUUCUGUAUUGUCGCGAUUCGCUGUGCACCAGCCGGAAGAUAUUGUUGUACUACUCCGAGGACAAGAAGUGCGUUGUGUCUGUCAGCGUUACGUCCAUGAACAUAACAGGACGACCUACAAAGAUAAGAAAGAAAGCGAAAAUCAAG